AUGGACUCGCAACGCUUAUUAUUAUUAUUAUUAUUAUUAUUAUUAUUAUUAUUAUUAUUAUUAUUAUUAUUAUUAUUAUUAUUAUUAUUAUUAUUAUUAUUAUUAUUAUUAUUAUUAUUAUUAUUAUUAUUAUUAUUAUUAUUAUUAUUAUUAUUAUUAUUAUUAUUAUUAUUAUUAUUAUUAUUAUUAUUAUUAUUAUUAUUAUUAUUAUUAUUAUUAUUAUUAUUAUUAUUAUUAUUAUUAUUAUUAUUAUUAUUAUUAUUAUUAUUAUUAUUAUUAUUAUUAUUAUUAUUAUUAUUAUUAUUAUUAUUAUUAUUAUUAUUAUUAUUAUUAUUAUUAUUAUUAUUAUUAUUAUUAUUAUUAUUAUUAUUAUUAUUAUUAUUAUUAUUAUUAUUAUUAUUAUUAUUAUUAUUAUUAUUAUUAUUAUUAUUAUUAUUAUUAUUAUUAUUAUUAUUAUUAUUAUUAUUAUUAUUAUUAUUAUUAUUAUUAUUAUUAUUAUUAUUAUUAUUAUUAUUAUUAUUAUUAUUAUUAUUAUUAUUAUUAUUAUUAUUAUUAUUAUUAUUAUUAUUAUUAUUAUUAUUAUUAUUAUUAUUAUUAUUAUUAUUAUUAUUAUUAUUAUUAUUAUUAUUAUUAUUAUUAUUAUUAUUAUUAUUAUUAUUAUUAUUAUUAUUAUUAUUAUUAUUAUUAUUAUUAUUAUUAUUAUUAUUAUUAUUAUUAUUAUUAUUAUUAUUAUUAUUAUUAUUAUUAUUAUUAUUAUUAUUAUUAUUAUUAUUAUUAUUAUUAUUAUUAUUAUUAUUAUUAUUAUUAUUAUUAUUAUUAUUAUUAUUAUUAUUAUUAUUAUUAUUAUUAUUAUUAUUAUUAUUAUUAUUAUUAUUAUUAUUAUUAUUAUUAUUAUUAUUAUUAUUAUUAUAUUCAUUGUUAUUCCACCUAUUAUUAUAUUUUCAACUUUCAAAUUUUCAAUUUUUCAAAUGGAAAAUCAAAUCGGACGCUGAGUCCGUAAAACCAAUUAAGGAUCAACAAAACUUACCACUAUAG